GAAGCAUGUGGGUCGCCUCCCCCACCAUCGAACCUGACUCAGAAGACGAGUUGCAUGCUUUAAUCAUAAUGAGGAACCAGUUGGAGGAAGACACAGAGGAGUGGGAGAAGCUGAACUACGACAUCCACACACUACGUUGCGCCCGGCGACAGGUGCUGGGGAGGUGGAGGAAGAUCCUGCUGCAGAUGGGCUAUCAGAAUGAAGUGGACCCCUUGCUGGAGGUGAACACGCAAGGUGAGAGAGAGAACCUGCACAGGGCCAGCCAGCUGCUGCGCACGCUAUGGGAAGAGUGCAGCCUGUUUCCCAUGGGAUUCGGCACCGGGGAGAAGUACCUGUCUGUCAUGGAUCGCCUGGUAUCUCUUGAUAGCGCCGAGGAGUUUGUCCAACUGGCAAAGGAUAAAUAUCCAAAGACCUCAUCCCAGCACCCUAGAAGCAGUGACUUCCCCAGAGCAGUGUGGCUGAUGACUGACAUCAAUAGCCCACGCUCUGAGAUCGAUGACUGA